AUGUUGACACGAGUCACACGAUAGAAAUUUGAUCUGUACGAUUUGCAAAUCCUAGACUCCCAGGGCCUUUCUAAUAAGUUCUAUCGUUUGAGCUACUUCUGAAGAUUUCAUUUUAUUUAAAAUUGAGCCAUGUAGCUUGGCAAAUGCAUCAUGAAUUGAAAAUUAUGAUGAGAUAAUUUUCAGUCAUAAAAAAUAAAAAAAUCAUUUAGUAAUUGAAAAUAUGAAUUUGAAAAUUAUGACAUCCCAACGUGUGGCUCACAUGAUCAUAUCACCUUAUCUAGCGGGCUUGUGGUGCUCACUUCACUCGAUCACUUCACCUUGCUCAAAAUCCCACUCCUUCCACACAAACCUCACAACAAUGGCUUCCUCAACUACGCUCUCCCCCGCCAUCGCCCCUUCUCAGCUGUGCUCCGGGAAGAAUGGGAUGAACCGAUGCGCGAACGUGGCGGUGGCGAAGCUCGGGAAGGGAAAGGGGAUGAAGGUCAGGUGUAUGGCGACGAGCGUGCCGGCCGAUCGGGUGCCCGACAUGGGGAAGAGGGAGCUCAUGAAUCUGCUGCUGCUUGGCGCCAUUUCUCUUCCCUCCGUCGGGAUGUUGUUGCCUUACACUUACUUCUUUGUUCCGCCUGGCUCCGGAGGGGAUGGAGGCGGCACUCCCGCCAAGGAUGCGUUGGGAAACGACGUCGUUGCAGUCGAAUGGCUCAAAACACACGGGCCCGGUGACCGGACCCUCACACAGGGAUUGAAGGGUGAUCCCACCUACCUUGUUGUGGAGAACGACAGAACACUCGCGACGUAUGGUAUCAAUGCCGUCUGCACCCACCUUGGCUGCGUCGUGCCGUGGAACAAAGCUGAGAACAAGUUCAUGUGCCCGUGCCACGGAUCGCAAUACAACAACCAAGGAAAAGUUGUGAGGGGGCCUGCUCCCUUGUCUUUGGCUUUGGCUCAUGCAGACCUUGAUGAUGGGAAGGUUAUUUUUGUUCCAUGGGUGGAGACUGAUUUUAGAACUGGAGAGGACCCAUGGUGGGCUUAGAUCUUUCUAGAACCUUCCAUUUGUGUAUCUAUGAAUGUAAGCCCUCAAGAAAAACUUGAUGUUACAUGUAUUUUUGAUAUCAUACUUUAAUUUGUGUAAAUCACAUUUUUGAAUUUUAUGCAAGAGAUUGCAUAUGGCUCAUCA